GUCGAAAACAAUCGUCAAGUCCGUGUCCACGUCAUGUCCAACUGCAAGCUCAUUUACGUGCAGGAGGCAAAGGCACAUCGGGCCAUCUUUGGUCGUUUCACUCUGCCUCGUGGACGUUACGUGCUAGUACCGUUUCUGGAAGAACCCCUCCAGGAGGCGGCCUACAUCCUGCGUAUAUUCCUGCCAAAAUCUGUGGAUGCCAACCAAUGGGCGAAGGACACAGCCUCAUUUAUCCUCGAGCUGGUGUCGAGUCUCACGCUGCUCAAGCAAUCGAUUGACAAGUGUUUUUAG